GUCUGCUCGUCUCAUCACGACUGCUUGAGUGUUACUGGAGCUGCUGUGAGACGCUGCAACCAUGGCUGCUACUGGAUCUUUCCGUAUGGUGUCAGAGGAGGAGCAGGCCAUGAGGGCAAAGUUGGAGCAUUUGACAGUGAAGGAUCAUGGGCCGGUGUUUGGGCCUUGCCACAAACUGCCUGGACACACUGUGCAGAAGGCCAAGGAUGAGUUGAAUGAGACGGAUGACAGGCGGACGUCGUCCCUGAAGGAGCUGCGGGCCAUGAUGAAGGACAGAGCAGCCGAGGGAGACGACCUGGCCAAACUGGUGGUGGAGCGCUUCGGAGACAAACCCGACUCUCUGCUGCUGCGCUUCCUCAGAGCUCGCAAGUUUGACGUUGGUAGAUCCAACGAGCUGCUGAAGGGCUAUGUGCACUUCAGGAAGGAGUAUCCUGAGUUGUUUGAGAACAUGACCCCUGAGGCGGUCCGCAGCACUAUCGAGGCAGGUUACCCUGUGGUCCUGCCCAGUCGUGACAAGUACGGCCGUGUCGUCUUGCUCUUCAACAUCGAGAACUGGGACCUGGAGGAGAUCACGUUCGACGAGAUUUUAAGAGCAUACUGCGUCAUCCUGGAGAAGUUAUUGGAGAAUGAAGAAACCCAGAUCAACGGCUUUGUCCUGAUUGAAAACUUUAAAGGCUUCACCAUGCAGCAUGCAUCCGGAAUCAAACCAGCCGAGCUGAAGAAGAUGGUGGACAUGCUGCAGGACUCCUUCCCUGCCCGUUUUAAGGCGGUCCACGUUACUCACCAGCCAUGGUACUUCACCACCACAUACAACGUGGUCAAACCCUUCAUGAAAAGCAAGCUGCUGGAGAGGGUCUUUGUUCACGGUGACGAGCUGGACAACUACAUAAAAGAAUUUGAUGCAGACAUCCUGCCCUCAGAUUUUGAUGGGAAAGCACCUGUUACCGACUACCAAGCCAUCGCCACCAAGCUGUUUGGCUCUGAAGACACUGCUCUCUGAGACAUGGUCCUCCUGUUUCAAACCCAAGAGUAGUGUCCUUAACCCUAGAUGCCUCUCACUGAUCAGAGCAGAUAUGUGGUCUCUUCUGAAGCUAGGUUGGCAUUAUUCAGGCAGUUCCUGUGAGCAAUUAAGAAGUAUCUAGUGUUAGGAGCUGGAUUUGGUUUGCAAAUGAGUUUUAUAUGUGGCAGCAAGGGGAAAGCAAAAAGGACGCAUAGAUAUAACAGAGAGGAUACGUGACAGUUAUUGCUAACCAGUACAGUGCUGAUAUUUCUUGUUACUGUAGGAACAGAGGGAAUAUGUUGGAGUCGCUGAUUUAGCUCACAUACUAAGUCAGACUAAUAGGAGUUCUAUGCCUUAAAACUGAAUUUCACAGUAUUCAGACCAGCUGUGUGCCUACAUUUUCUGUCCGAUAAAUGAGAGCUGAAGAGUAUCACAGUGUCAGGUUGUAUUUUAGAAGCUAUGAAGAUGGAAAACUAAUAAUGGGUAUGUAUUGCAUUUCAUAAUUGUAAUAGGAGCAGGAGCCUCCUGAUGCAGUGCCACACAAACACAACUUUGUCUCAAUACCACAAAGAUCCAAUUAAAUAGACUUUUUGUGUGC